AUGGCAGAUCCAUUGUCUAUCUCGGCAAGUGUCGCCGGUCUCAUCACUGUUGCAGACAUAGUAAUACGAAAUGGGCAUAAGUAUAUAAAAGCUGUCAAGAACGCUGACAAGACUGUGGUCUCAUUGAUGAGGGAGGUCAACCUUCUUUCUGGGACGCUUCACAGUCUUCGAAAUGUGGCAGAAGGUCUUGAAGACGAAGCUGAGUCAUUCCGAUUCACUACCAAGGUUCAUCAUGUUGAAUACUGCUAUCAAACGCUGAGGAAGAUCAACCUCCUGCUUGAGAAUUUCGAGCUAUCCAAAUCAAAGGGAGUUUUGCACAGUGCUGCACAAAGACUGAGAUGGCCCCUAUCCGUUUCGGAGACCAAGGAAUUGAUGGCGGAAGUUGAGAGGCAUCGGACAAUAUUGGGCUUGGCACUGCAGGCAGAUGAAAUGUCAGCCUUACUCACGUUGCUGGCAAAAGAAGAAGCUAUUGGAGCAGUCGUGUCAGAUAUACAUCGAGGCCUCGACCGGGAUAGGGUGCAUAGAAAUAUGCUUGCCAUGAGUAGGUCGGUGCCCCAGUUGUAUCAAAAGACAUUCACUCACGAAAAUCAAGAUGAGCAGCGGAGGAAGAUGCUUGAAUGGCUAUGCCCCGCAACCCUCGAUCCUACCAGGAACCACGAGUCUAGUAUUUCCCUUUGUCAACCGGGAAGUGGGACAUGGUUCACAGAAGGCGUCGAGUUUCAAGAAUGGAGGUUGAAGAAAAGCUCUAAGCUAUGGUUGUACGGAAUUCCCGGUGCUGGAAAGACGAUUCUGAUGUCCACCAUCAUUCAAGAGCUUGAGAAGGACAUUGGCAAGGACGAAGGUAAGAUGCUACUCAUCGACUACCUCGCCCAUCUGCAAUCACUCUUCUCUUUCACAAAUGCCGAGACCCAGGAGAUAUCAAAAAUUCUAGGGUCUCUAGUCAAGCAGUUUAUGGUCCAAGAUGAAACCGAAGUGGCAUUCGAAGCACUUCGAGUCUGCUAUCACAGCCACCAGGACCCAAGUCCGCGGCUCCCGAAACCGGAGAAACUGCUUGAACUCCUUCACGCAGUUGUGAGGCCAUUUUCCGUUGCUGCCGUGAUUAUCGAUGGCAUUGAUGAGAUAUCCAGCAAUCGAUUGGAGGCUACAGAACUCCUUCGAUGUAUCAACCAGCCACAUGGCUCAAUCAGAACACUAUUUGCAAGCCGCUGUGAGAUCGACAUCGAAGAGUGCCUCGAUGAUUACGAACGGGUUUCCAUAGCUGCAAGAAGCAGCGAUUUGGAACUCUACGUCGCAUCCGAGAUUGAGAUACGAACGAAAAGGAAACAACUCAACAUAAAGGACCCAGACCUGAAAGCACAAAUUAUGAAACGAUUAAUCAACGGUGCCGACGGGAUGUUCCGAUGGGUUGCAUGUCAGCUAGAUCAUCUUUGUGAGUUGGGCACCGAUAGAGCCCGGAGGACUGCUCUAGAUAAACUCCCGCGGGGCCUACCUAAGACGUACGAACGUAUCUUGGAGCGAGUUCUUGAGACUCAUGAGGAAACUCAAGACCUUGUCAAGAGAGCAUUGCAAUGGCUUGCUGUUGCACCCACGCUUUCUGGGAGAGCCCUACUUGAAGCAUUGGCUUUGAGGCCAGGUGACUCUCGGUUGGACCCUGAAGCAAUGACUUCAGAGGAGGACAUCCUGAAAUGGUGCAGCAGCUUCGUCCGCCGAAGAGCUAAUGGUAACGGACUUGAGCUCGCCCAUUUUACGGUCAAGGAGUACUUGAUGUGCAUUGACUCAGCAAAUAACCCUCGUGUAGGCAAAUUCAGGAUAUCGGAGUCAGAGAGCAACUUACUUAUUGGGAAAAUCUGUCUUACAUAUCUCACCUUGGACACCUUCGCGGAAACUCCGCUGCCAGCUAAUCUUCUCGGAAUUAUGUAUUCAAACAUAAAAGAGGAUACCAUAUUAUCUUUGUCUGCUAGACGGGAGAGUGCCGAAAAGGAGCCACAAAGUCAAAGAUCUACACACGACACACCAGACACAUUAUCUCUUUCGUGUCUCGAAAGCUAUCCUCUCCUCGUGGACGCAGCAGCUUCCUGGACUAAUUAUUGCAAAGACCAUCUCAUGGAUACAGUGAUAGCCUCUCUUUCACACAAAUUGUUUCACCCCCGGAAAUCAAACCAAUUUUUGUGGUGGUCCUACGCCUUCUUAUCCAAUUGGAAAGGUUGUAAAUGGGCACAGACUUUUCCAGACACGACGACCUUGCACUGGGCUGCCAUGUUAGGGCUGGAAGAAGUCUGCGGCUGGCUUAUCCGGGAGGGAAGUGACGUCAACCGUGGAUCAUCUCUUGGGACUCCUCUUGACUGCCUGCUACUGGGCCUUGACGCCACAUGGCGGUGCUAUGAUCUAAAAGACAUAAAACAUAACGAUUCUAUGCAUAAAGAGGGGAAAGACACCAAGGGAUCUAUCGCACAUCUAUUCAUCGAAGCUGGAUCAAAGCUAAACGAUAACAGUAACUCAACUUCCUCCUGGCUUCCCUUACAGUUGGCACUGAAGACUGAGCGCCACAAUAACUACCUGAUCGCUCUCCUCCUGCAAGCCGGUUCGAAGGUGGACUUAUGUACACUUCAGAUCGUGGAAGAAUGCGUUAAGAGAAGGAGACGUUGCGAUAUACCUUGUGGAUACCUGGCUCUCAUUGAAGAGGUCUCUGCUGAUCAGGUACAAGAGGAUGCCCGAGAUACCUUUUUAAUUCUGUCUGAAAAGCUGAAAGCCAACAAAAUUCAAAUGCCGCAGCUACAUGAAAUUUCAACAGUGGCAGAGGUUCCAGCGACAGUUGAUGUCACUCAAUUAGAGGAAUGUUUGAUUCAAACCGCGGAGUACGGACAAGCUGGAGAUGCUCGGGCUUUGAUAACAGUGCUAAAAGAUCGAUUGCCACCGAUGGAUUCAAAUAAAAUCCUGAGUAGGGGCCUGAGACACGCUGCUCAAAACGGCCAGGAGAGAAUUGUGACUGAUUUGUUGGAAAGUGGUGCUAGCGCGAACAUUGUUGACGACAACAGAGACUCCGCGCUUCAUCACAGUCUCUUUGAGGACAAGACAUUCGACGUUGACGUCGUUAUCCGCAUCGUACAAGCUUUACUACUACAUGGUGCGGAUCCCAGCCUGCGAAACAAGGAAGGCGAACUCGUUUUCCACUUGGCAGUGAAAUCAAAGAAGAAAGGUCUUUUCAAAGCCUUGGUCGAAGCAGCGGGCAUGCAGUCUACUCAAAUCAUCCUUGCUUCUUCCCACCCCAGCGUAUUGCAGCAUGCAAUUGAAUGGGGCUUAGACGAUACCGUUUCUUAUCUCCUGGAGAUCUAUACUGACAUUGACGAGAACAAUCAUCGAUCGGAAACAGGCAAAACGCUCCUAGGAAAGGCUGCGCGGCGAGAAACCCCAAUAGCCCUUCGGCAACUUCUGAGCAGAGGACUGGAUAUCAAAGCUUUAGAUGCUGAUGGUUCUUCUGCACUCUAUAAUGCAGUAAUAGUGACAAGUCAUGGUGAAAACUUCAACGUCUUGAUGGAAGCCGGUGGUAUGGAUGGCUCUUCUAGGAAAGACGGACGACGAGCAAUUCAUGCCGCUGCUGAGAUGGCCUCCUCUGUUGCAGAUUCAAUGCUUGAGGCCUUACUUGUCGCUGGCGAGAAUCCAAAUGCUACUACGAAGAAAGGGCAUACCCCUCUACACUUACUAGCAUUCCGGUUUCCAUACAGCACUAGUAAGAUAAAGCUUUUAGCGGGGCGACCACGCUUGAAUAUCAAUUGCCGGGAUCAUAAAGGGAGAACGCCUUUGAUGCUAUGCCUAGAUGUUCUUGCCGCUGCAUUUAAUCGAGAAUCGAUGGGGUGGAUAAACCAACAGGAAGUUCUAGAAAUUCUAGACGGCAUCAAUGUUUUCGUUGAUCACAGCAGAGACGUCAACCUCGUGGACAAUAGCGGUGCAACUGCCUUACACCAUAUUUGCUCCGGGAUACCACAACAAGUAUCUUUCAAUGUCAUCAAGACCCUUAUCAAUCGUGGAUCGUCCCUACAUCAUCGCAACUCGGCCGGAGUCACUCCCUUCGAGGCCCUCCUUUACUCUUCAAUGACACGGCUCGGCAAUGCAAAUGGAAAGAGGACCACUACGACUCUAAGUGGUACGGAAGUCCUACGUUUCAUUAUUACACGAAUGCCAGGACACCAUCUGAAUGAUCAUCUAAGCAACGGAUCGUCUCCCUUGGCGGUGGCCCUUGAGUUGAAGUGCGCGGAAGCAGUGGAACUUCUCCUUUCGAGGGAAGACAUGGACGUGGACGUUGACGCCAGAAGCCAAGAUCUAAACCAAAUCAGCCCCUUGGAAGUUGCGGCUGUUGUUGGCUGUAAUGAAACUGUUGCUCGAAAACUCAUCUGUCGCAUUAGUCGUCCCGUUGAUUCAUUUAGUCCUGUCAAAGACGGUUCCAUCCUCCAUUUUGCGGCAUGCGAAAAGGACUCUCCGACAUUCUUGAAAGUGCUUCUGAAGGACAAUACAAACCUUGAUCUUGAGACUCCUGAUAAAUGUGGCCGCACACCUCUGCAAUUGAGUAUCAUGAAUGGUUGUCUUGGUGCAAUAUCUUUGUUGCUAGAAGCUGGUGCUGAUGCCAACAAGUCUUCCCCGGAUGGAACGAAUUACCCACUACUUCUAGCAGUGCACAGUGGCUCUAUCCCCAUAGUUAAUGCUCUGAUCCAGUACAAGGCUGAGUUGGAUGUAAGAGGAUAUAGGGAAAAUACUCCGCUGAUAGCGGCUGCUUCCAAGGGCUUUGAUCAGAUAAUCCGACGUCUUGUGGAAGCUGGCGCAGAUAUUGCUCGGUGUUGCGAUGACGGAGCCCCCGCGCUUUUUGUGGCUGCCUUGAAUCAGCAUUGGGGGACUGUGAAGCUUUUAGUCGAUCUUGGUGCAGAUGUGAAUUACGUAUGCUCAAGAACCAAAGACACAAUUUUGCACAUCGCGUCUGAGCGAGGCACAUGGGAAACCGUCGAAUUCUUAUUAAGAAAAGCUACGGAUCUGGGUGCAUUUGAUCUCAAUGGGAAGACCCCAUUUUUGAGGUCGGCCUCUGCCGGACAAUGGGAUAUCGUUGCUGGAUACCUAGAAUAUGGCACCGAUGCGAAUGCUAAGUCAUUAUUAGGCUGGACCGCGAUGCAUUGUGCUAUUCAUGCUGGCGCGAAGGACAUAGUGGAACUGCUUUGCAAGCAUGGUGCUCCACUACUACAAGAUGCCCGAAAUCAACAUGGAACACUUUUAGGAAAUUCACUAACUUGUGCCGCUGGAUCCGGUGACGCGAACAUUUUCGACAUGAUCCUGAAAGAGGGACCAGGCCUUGGCUUUGUAAACGAUGAGGGCUAUAAGUUAACGCAUUACGCCGUAGGAGCCAAAGACGAUGCUGUUCGCGAGCUGCUCUUCGCACACAACAUUGACUGGGAUGCCAAUACAGCAGAGUAUCAUGAGGGCAGAAUCAAUUUCGUCGAAGCAUGCCCACUCCACAUUGCAGCUUGUUGGGGAAAUGACAACUCAAUCAACUUCUUGAAGUUCAAAGAAUUAGUUCAGAACAUUGAUGCACGCACCGGCGAGCCACAUUGUUAUACACCUCUGCACAUUGCAGCUCACUCCAACCACCUUUCCACGGUCAAAUUGUUACUCGACUUCGGUGCCGACGUCGACUUGGUCGACCGGCUAGCCGAAAAGACUGCAUUACACUACGCUGCAGAAUUGGGAUUUGUAGAUAUCGUCAGGGUGCUGCUCGAUCAUGGCUGCCAUCCCAACCUGCCAGAUGCCCGUGGCAUGACUCCCGAGCUUCUCGCGGUUGAGAAAGGUCAUGUCGAGGUCAGCGCAAUGCUUUCUCGGCAUCUCGAUGGCCUAGAAGAAGCGCAGCAGGCUGAAGCGAGAAUGCCUACGGUCGCCACUGCUGAGGCUAAGUCAACGUUGAAGGCAGCAUCAGCUUGUGCUACCGCCCCGAAAAACGUGUUAUGGCGACUUCCACUUACCCUGGGACCAAAUUUUCGAAGAAUAAUGACGAAUGAUGUUUCUAUCUACGCCAUCGACAACACUACAUGCCCACCAGCAUUACGGGCACUUCUUGAGCAGCAUGAAGGGAAAGAGGUGGAUAAGCUCGGUACCCCUUACAGGCGCCGGAUUGCUUGGAAGAAACCUUCCAAGUAG